AUGUCCCUUUUCAUUUCUAUGGUCUGCGAUCAACAAAACAGCGUUCCUCUUUAUACACAUGGUCUGGACCUGACACUCCAAGUAAUGUCUCUCUUUAUUUCUGUGGUCGGGUACCCGUCAAAACAGCGUUCCUCUUUAUACACAUGGUCUGGACAUGACAGUCCAAUAAUGUCUCUCUUUAUUUCUGUAUUCGGGUACCCGUCAAAACAGCGUUCCUCUUUAUAUACAUGGUCUGGACCUGACAGUCCAAAUAAUGUCACUCUUUAUUCCUGUGGUCGGGUAACCGUCAAAACAGCGUUCCUCUUUAUAUUUGGGUACCCGUCAAAACAGCGUUCCUCUUCAUACACAUGGUCUGGAGCUGACAGUCCAAGUAAUGUCUCUCUUUAUUUCUGUGGUCGGGUAACCGUCAAAUCAGCGUUUCUCUUUAUACAGAUGGUCUGGUCCUCACAGUCCAAGUCUGGACCUGACAGUCCAAGUAAUGUCUCUCUUGAUUUCUAUGGUGUGCGACGGUCAAAAGAGCGUUCCUCUUUAUACACAUGGUCUGGACCUGACAGUCCAAGUAAUGUCUCUCUUUAUUACUGUGGUCGAGUAACCGUCAAAACAGCGUUCCUCUUUAUACACAUGUGUGUUCCGAUCCAUCUAUCUAUCUAUCUAUCUAUCUAUCUAUCUAUCUAUCUAUCUAUCUUCACUUUGACUAUCUAUCGUCACUUUGUCUCUUUCUCUAACUCUCUCUCUCUCUCUAUCUAUCUAUCUAUCUAUCGUCACUUUCUCCAUAUCUAUCUAUGUGCAAAUUAUUCCUAUCUAUCUAUCUAUCUAUCUAUCUAUCUAUCUAUCUCAGACUGUUCAUAUCUAUCUAUCUAUCUAUCUAUCUAUCUAUCUAUCUAUCUAUCUAUCUAUCUAUCUCAGACUGUUCAUAUCUAUCUAUCUAUCUAUCUAUCUAUCUAUCUAUCUAUCUAUCUAUCUAUCACAGCCUGCCUAUUUCAAUCACUCUUUUUUUCACUUUUCAUAUCUAUCUAUCUCAGACUGUUCAUAUCUAUCUAUCUAUCUAUCUAUCUAUCUAUCUAUCUAUCUAUCUCAGACUGUUCAUAUCUAUCUCAGACUGUUCAUAUCUAUCUAUCUAUCUAUCUAUCUAUCUAUCUAUCUAUCUAUCUCAGACUGUUCAUAUCUAUCUAUCUAUCUAUCUAUCUAUCUAUCUAUCUAUCUAUCUAUCUAUCACAGCCUGCCUAUUUCAAUCACUCUUUUUUCGUAAUCUUUCUAUCUGAAAUCCCAGUGUAUUUAUAUCCUUAUCUAUCUAUCUCAGACUUUUCAUAUCUAUCUAUCUCAGACUGUUCAUAUAUCUAUCUAUCUAUCUAUCUAUCUAUCUAUCUAUCUAUCUAUCUAUCUAUCUAUCACAGCCUGCCUAUUUCAAUCACUCUUUUUUCACUUUUCAUAUCUAUCUAUCUAUCUAUCUAUCUAUCUAUCUAUCUAUCUAUCUAUCUAUCUAUCUCAGACUGUUCAUAUCUAUCUAUCUAUCUAUCUAUCUAUCUAUCUAUCUAUCUAUCUAUCUAUCUAUGUUCAUAUCUGAUUUGUUCUGAUCUAUCUAUCUAUCUAUCUAUCUAUCUAUCUGUCACAGCCUGUCUACUUCAUUCAAGGUGUUUCGUAAUCUUUCUUUAUAUCAGAAAUCUGAAGGUAUUUAUAUCCUUAUCUAUCUAUCUAUCUAUCUAUCUAUCUAUCUAUCUAUCUAACUAUUUCAAUCUGUUCACAUCUAUGUCAGUCUGUUCAUCUCUCUCUCUAUCUAUCUAUCUAUAUUUACUCUGUGCCAUAGAUUGUGUGUAA